UCUGAAACUAAGAUUUUUUUUAAUGUUUAUUAGAACUGGAGAGUGAUCAUUGCAUGGCUGAACUAUUAGAACCAGCUAAUGGGGUGAUGUGCUGGAUGACAGAGAGUUGCCAAAGAAUGAUGACCAAACCUGGGAGACAGAAAUAUACCUUAAACCAUCAAAUACUUUACACAAUGGUUGCAGAAAUGAGUGGAUGUGGAAGUCGUUUAGAGCAGUGGUUGGUUAAACACAAACGAAGUGAAAGUGUGGAACAACUCCAAGGAGAACUGUGCUCCAAUCUCUACUCUGAGGCUCAUUCACUAGCUGCUGCCAUGUUAAAUGACAAUAAUCUUAAGUUCAGGGACCUUUUGCUGGAAAUGGAAUUUGUUUGUGGCAUGUUGGGCUAUGUGGAAUUUUUAAAACGAGACUGGCUAAUGGCUAUAUUUGAGUGGCAAAGUGAAUCUGGUUGCUUCACUGCCACGAAACCUCAUCUUACUGUCGGCCGAAAGUUGCUGAUAGAGGAAAUGCUCUCAGAUGGAUGUCUCUCACAUCUGACAGCAGUUGCAGCAGCAGCGUUGUCGGUUCAUCUACAUUAUUUGCUGUAUCCUGGACAGGGGACAGCAAAAAUCAAGGCAGUUGGUGCAAACAUUUCUCCACCCUCCUUGGUGAUGCAGCCUCCAGUUGGGUCUUUCCCACUGGAUACUGGGCCUGGUGUCUUCCUGAAUCAGGUUUUAUAUAGGGAAGAUGUUCCUGUAGGAUUAAAUAGGUAAGAUAUUACAGUAUUAUGUGAUCAUUCCUUCACCUUAAUAAAGAUAUAAUGGAGCUAUUGAAAUUCAAAAAUUUAAUUGAUUAAAUUUUUUGCACACUGUGUGACUUCCAGAGCUUCGUGUUCUUGCCUUUGUCUUAUUCCAACUGCCUAAUACUGUAUAGGUUUUCAGGGGGCACCCUGUUCUUCAACCCUUCCUCACAUAUGUAUAGUAUACAGUACAGUGGAGUCGCAAUAAUGCUUGGGUUACAUGGCAGAAGAUGUCAUGAAUUAUCAAAUUGCAAACUACUGUAUAGUUUAAUUGAUUUGAAUGGAAAUAAUUAGUUAGGUUCCGGAGGCCAAAAAAUAUGCAUAAACUGUUCCAAAACUGCUUUAAUAAACAUGAAGUAUCAUACAUAAUACAGUACCUCAAAAAAUACCAUACAUAGAGUAAUAUUGUACAAAAAUAUUGCACUAAAGGUAGUUCUAUAUUACAUAAACAUCUCUUUCCCUUCUCAUAAUCAUCCUCUGGGUUACAUUAAUACGUCAACAUCAAGACAGCCAUGGGCACGGGCUGGCUGGCUGGUCAGCUAUUAGUGCUACAUAAAUAAAUCACCAGGAAUUUAACAUGACACAUAACCCA